GGUGUACCCAUAGAUUAUACACAUAAUAUUUGAGAAGUGUGCCUGCCUAGCUACAAAGCAACAUCCGGAGUUCUUUACGUUUCUACCUAUUUAAUAAUAUAUAUAUGUACGGUACUUUGAAAAGUUAUUGAGAAUAGCAAAGUACAUAAACAUUAGUUUAUAUGGUUUUUAAGGCAAAAAGAUGAGUUGUGCUAGCGAAUUAUCUCAGUCGCAUGAGUAUCUAAGUUUCCGAAGCAGCAUUCCUUUAAGAAAAAUCGUAGUAGACUCGGAUAAUUCCAAGGCAUGGAAAAUAUUUGAUAGUGGACCAAGGUCAGUUGCAUGUCCUUUAAUAUGUUUACCUCCAGUUUCUGGAACAGCUGAUAUUUAUUACAAGCAAGUUAUGGGCCUAGCAUCACGAGGCGUUCGAGUCAUAUCUGCAGAGGCUCCUCCUUAUUGGAAUUUAAAAGAAUGGUGUGAUGGUUUCAAAAGACUCAUUGAUAUAUUAGAGCUUGGUAAAGUGCACAUAUUCGGAGCAUCUUUAGGAGGAUUCAUAGCCCAAAAAUUUGCAGAACUGACCAGAAAUUUUCCUCGUGUCGCAUCACUUGUUCUGUGUAACACAUUUGCGGAUACGUCUGUUUUUGAAUACAAUGACUCAGCAGCAUUAUUUUGGUUACUUCCAUCACUAGUUUUGAAAAGAAUGUUAAUGGGAAAUUUUACUACUGACAAAGUCGAUACACGUAUGGCCGAGUCAAUUGAUUUUAUGGUUGAAAAGCUAGAAACUCUGACGCAAUCAGAAUUAGCAUCUAGAUUGACAUUGAACUGCACUCCGAAUUAUGUGCAACCACAUUUAUUAAGCGACAUUCCAGUUACGAUUAUGGAUGUUUGGGACGAAAGUGCACUUAGUUCACACGUACGUGAAGAUUUGUAUAAAUCUUACCCUCAUGCGAAGCUAGCGCAUCUCAAGAGCGGUGGCAACUUUCCUUAUCUUAGUAGAAGCGACGAAGUUAAUUUGCAUCUGUUGAUACAUUUAAGACAGUUUGAUGGUACAGAGCUUUCGUCGUCGUAUCUCAGUUUGCACAAAAUGCCGCCAUCCCAAUCUCCCACAGACUCGGAAGAGAGCCCCAUCAACUAUUUUAACCAAAGUGAAAAAUAUGUGCAAAUUUCAUGAAAAUUUAUGCAAAUUCGCAUCGACUCUUUGUUUCGUAAAUUGUUUAGCAACGGUUCAUGUCGGUCAUUGAUCUAAAAGUAAGUUCUCGACAGUAUAGUAAUCGGCAAACUUCUUGAGCAAAUGACCUUGACUGCGCAGAACCGAAUUUUAGAUCACUUUGGUGGUGAGGGUGAGGCGCGACGGCAGGGGAAAUCGUAUCGAGCGCGUUAUUGGUAGAUCAGUCGAACCUUGCGUCCCGCACCGCGCCCUCAUUCCGCUUGCUCCCAAAAGUACGCUUGCGUACAGUGGAAAGUCUAUCGUUAUUAAUCGUUAAGUUAUUUGUUAUAAUUGCUUGUGGACUUUGUUGCCAUUGCUAUUUGUUGAGUGUUUGUUGAUUUUUUAUAAAACAUACACUAUGCCGUGACAAACUGGUGUAGUACUUAAAAGAAAGGGUAGAAAUUUGGUGUACGACGUAUAUUGCUUCAUUAUAAAACAGGGGAAGAAUGAUAUGAAAAAAUUAAAACAGACUUCGGAAGCAACAAAAACAUCAGUGAGUACUGUUAGGUGCAUUAUUAACGAAGCUAAAGGCUCUGGCUUGCUCGCCGUGUUUCGGACUCCGGGUAAGAAAAGAUCAGGGAAGAAGAAAGUUACCGGAAUGGAUAGUUUCGUUCAAUCUGUAAUAAAAAGAUGUAAUCAUAAUAACUACAUAACAAGCAGCGAAACUCCGUACCGUAGAAAGACUUCGAAAAAUUUAAAGAAAAUAUAAAUUUUAAUGGCUCGGAAUGAAGCUUACGACGAAUUAUGAAAGAGCUAGGCUUCAGAUGGAAAAAAAGAACAGAAAAUAAUCGGAAGCUGGUAAAUGAAAAAAGUAACAUUCGAUUACUACGAAUCGAAUAUCUUCAAAAAAUAAUUAAUUAUAGACAAAAAAGAAGACCGAAUCGACCGAGUUGUAAACUACGCCGAUGAGCCCUAUGUCGACUCAUCACGAUGAUAGCGACUCGGGUGAUGAAAACAGUGAUGAUGAUGAUGGUCAAGAUUAUGAUAACGAAAAAAAAAUUACAAUUGAUUUUAAUAAUUUAAUACCAUUAUGACGCAGAGUAAGUAAUGUUUUUGCACGUGAGUGUACCAUGCGCAAACUUACCCCCACUACGUCAACAAAUGCUCAAGAAGUUUGCCGGUUAUUAUAGCUUGAUUACAAAUCAUGCUUAAAAAUAAUUUAGAUGUUUCAGUUGAGUACCUGCUUAUAUUAUAUAUAUCAUUAUGAUUUGAUUCAAAGAUUGACAUAAAAAUUUAGAUUUUAAGGUUAUUAUGAUUAUAUAAUUAAGAAAACUAUUUUUAUAACUGGGGUACAUAUUUAAAGAUAUGCAUGAUAUGAUAUGUAAUGUGAUAUUACAAAUUAUUAAUUGUAUGGGCUAAAUUAGACUGAAUUAAUCAUUAAUGUUUUCUAUGAAGUGCAAUCAUUCCUAUUGUUAUUUGUUUUAAUAUUUGAAGCUAAAACUAGUCUGAUCGUGGGAUAGCAUUUAGGAAGGAAAUAAUAAAUUUUGGAAACUUUUAAACAA